UCGUUGAUCUCCGGACGUUUUGACUAAUCUGAAGAAAUUGGAGAAUUUGAGUAACACAAGCAAGGUUCCAGUUGUUCUUUGUGGCUGGCGAUACUGUAGUUUUUUUGAGAAAUUUGCGCCACCGUUUACUGGAAUGCCCAUCAGCGAUAUGUCUAGUUCGCGAACUGGGAAGCCUUCGACGAGCCUUUACGUGCGCGGGGUUCCCGAGCAAACUCGGAAUGAUGAACUGAAAGAAAUCUUCGGCAAAUACGGGCCGAUUAAGGAUGUUUACAUUCCUCUGGACUAUUACACUCGGGCGCCAAGAGGAUUUGCUUACGUUCAGUUCGAAGACAUUGAAGACGCCAAGGAUGCGAUGGACGGAUUGGACAGCGUUCGUUUACACGGCCGAACUCUGGAGAUUGAAUUCGCGCAAGGCGACAGGAAGACCCCAAAUGAUAUGAAAGGAAAAGAGCGACGGGGCGGCGGAGGACGAUAUGGAUCUGAACGGUACGGAGGAAGGCGGUACAGUCGCAGCCGGAGUCGUUCCCGGGAUCGCAAUCGACGGCGAUCGCGAAGCGGUGAGCGCUACCGGGACCGUGACCGAAGCGAGGAACGCUAUCGUGAGCGCGACCGAAGUGAAGACCGUUACCGCGAUAAAGAACGGUACGGCGAUCGACGCCGGUCCCGAUCCCGGUCUCGUUCGCGAGAGUAUGAGCGUUCGCGUAGUCGAUCACCCCGGCGUACUAGUACUCGUCAUUCCCCGGACCGACGCAACGGGCGUUCCAGUCCAUACCGUUAAAAUGUGCAACUUAAAGGAAGGUUGAGAUUUCACAAUCGUAUGCAGUUGCAUUUUGAGUGCUUUAUUGCUUAUCAGUUAUUGUUAUUGAUUUUUGUUGAUAGUUCGUUGUAGUGGCACGUUAUAUGUACUUAAUAUAAUACGUAGGUUCAUGAAAUCGUCAAGUAUCUGCGGGCUGUAGCAUGCUGAGAUUGUGCAUUUGUCUUUAUCCUUAACGGCGCAUUGUUUUGCGAACCUGCUUAAAUACUGUUAUUGUUAUCCCGUUUUGAAUAAAUUUGGGAAGUUGG